AGAGCUGUGUGGGUGUAUGGGGGGAUGUGAGGUCAGAGCGCAGAGCGGGGUUUGAACGCUGUUUAGUGGAGCUGCUGAUCGGUCAGAGCUGAGGGUGUUGCAUUAGCUUGCAGCUUUGAGCAGCACUGCUUCAUCUGCAGAGCAAACAGCUAUGGCUGCACCGGCAAUACAGCAGCCUAGUUAUCUGUUGGCAAACCUAAAAGCAGACUGGACCACCAAACCAUUUCUCCAGAGAUGCCAGGAGUUAGUAAAGGUGAUAGAUGACUAUCCUGCUAAGGAGCUGCAUCUGGUCUUCCCCUGGCUGAUUGAAAGUAUCUUCGGCAGUCUGGAUGGGGUGAUCGUGGGCUGGAACCUGCGCUUUCUGCAAACCCGCAUGAAUGAGUAUAACAUUGUCAUGGACUUCCUCGACCCCAAUGGGCCCAUGAUGAAGCUGGUGUAUAAACUACAAGCAGAGGACUAUAAAUAUGAGAUCCCUAUCAGCUAUCUUCCAGGUCCUGUAAAAGCCUCCAUUCAGGAAGGUGUUCUGCCGGAUUGCCCCCUAUUUCACAACAAGCUUCAGUUCCCCAUGUCUGGCCUGUUAUCUUUCAGUAUGUCUCUCAAUCCUUUUGAGUACUACAUCUUCAACUUUGCCUCCAGUCUUAUCGUACCAAAGACUUAUCCUCCUGGUCAGCACGGUAGCUGUUCAGACAGUGCGUACUUUGUGCUUGUUGAUGCCUACCUCAAGCACUUCCUGCCCACAGAGGGAAACGUGCCCCCGUCUCCUUUCUCUGAUCCGAGGGGAUCCGUGGCGCCUCCUGCUCCCAGAUCUCCCAGCGUGCCUUAUGUUGGUUAUGGUGUCCACAGCACCAGCCUACUGAAGCGUCACAUAUCCCAUCAACCCUCAGUCAACGCUGACCCUGCGGCUCAGGAGAUCUGGAGAUCAGAAACCCUUCUGCAGGUGUUUGUGGAGAUGUGGCUCCAUCACUACUCUCUGGAGAUGUACCAGAAGCUGCAGUCUCCUCAGGUGAAGCUGGCGUUGCUGCAGUACCGCCUCAAUAUGUCCAGCAUGCUGUGCCAACCCCCCGCCCCACCAGGCUCUGGGACCCUCCACACAUACCAAGAGCCCUUCAGUCCGACGGAGGAACAUGUCCUGGUGGUUCGUCUGCUUGUCAAACACCUUCACGCCUUCUCCAACAGCCUGAAACAGGAGCAGACCUCCUCUCCAUCCACCCAUUCUCACGCCAGUCCUCUCGAAGAGUUCAAAAGAGUGGUAGUACAGAGGUUCGUUCAGCAGAAGCUGUAUGUGUUCCUGCAGCAUUGCUUUGGCCACUGGCCUCUGGAUGCUUCUUUCAGAGCAGUAUUGGAAACAUGGCUGAGUUACAUCCAGCCCUGGAGGUACACUGGAGAGAAGAGCAAUCCUCAGACGGAUGUACAGAACAGAAACGUGCCUGAGAAAUGGGCGUCUUUUGUUCAGGAGAAUCUGCUGAUGUACACUAAGCUCUUUCAGGGUUUCCUCAAUCGAGUCAUGCGCACAGAUCUGGUCAAUGCCAAAAAUGCACUGAUGGUCUUCAGGGUAGCCAAAGUCUUCGCCCAGCCAAACCUGUCGGAGAUGAUCCAGAAAGGAGAGCAGCUGUUUCUAGAGCCGGAACACGUCCUUCAUCACCGGCAGCCCCGGGUCUUCCUCACCCCGGCACACAGCGGCAGCUUCUUAUCCUCCCGCCAGCCUGCAGGAACCGACGCCGUCUUCAAGGUCAAGAGUCACGUGUACGGCCUGGAGGGGCAGGACUGCCAGUACAAGCAGAUGUUCGGUGGUGAAGUUCGUGGUGUGGUGCUGAAGCUGAUCCAGAUCAUAGCGCAGGCCCGGCAGACGGCUAAGCGAAUAUCGGAUCACUCUGCGGAAGCGGCUGCUAACAGCUCGUUCUUCUCGUGGUUUGGCGUGAGCUCCUCUGAUCACAACCACACCUUCAGUGGAGGAGAGGCUGACGACAUGGGGGAGUGUUUCAAAAAGACUCACGAGUUCCUGGACAAGGCUCUGGACUACCUGUGUCAGAUAUUUCGGCUGAAUUCAGGGCAGCUCUCUCAGUUGAUGGCAAAUCUGGCAUCUACCGAAGAUGAUGGAGGGUCCAAGCAGCUGCCGGACUGCAUCCCCAGUGAAGACGGUCUUGUGCUCACAGAUUUGGGCAGAAUGCAGAUCAUAAACGGUCUUCGCCGGUUUGAGAUAGAAUAUCAAGGUGAUCCAGAACUUCAGCCAAUAAGAAGCUACGAAAAUGCUCUUCUGGUUCGACUCAUGUUUAAGGUCUCCUCAUUCCUAAAUGACAGGUUGGGAGAUCAGAUGGAGAUGCUGUGCUCGCGGCAGGACUUCGUGGGCCGGGUCAGCAGGCACUAUUUAACCAGCUCGUCGACGGCGUCGGAGCAUCGGCGGAGGAGCCCGGUGGCGCGGCAGGCGAGAGGCCGGCCCCAGCGAGCGCGGCUCAGUUUACGGGUGCUGGCGAGUUACCGCACCCUGCUGCUGACGCUGCUGCUCUACCUGCUGCUCGCUCUGCUCUCCUUCGGCCUGUUCUCCAGCACCGCCCUCAUUCUGACGCUCUGCUGCCUCUACGAGCUGCUGCUGCUUCUGUUCGCCGAAAAACUCAAAACACAUUAACCUUUUAUUCAUCUGUACAUAUAGAAAAGAGUUCCACUAAUUCAGUCUGAGCUGAUUUUUGUUGAGCAGAUAUUUAUAAUGAUAAGUAUCCAACAGGCACUAAAGAUUCAGAUUCAGAUUCAGUAGAUUCUGAAGACUCGUUUUUAAAGGGAGGGAAGUUUAAAUUAAGUUCAGCUCGUUUUUUUGUUUCGUUUUUUUAUUUUAAGUACAGUGACAAAUCCAGCUGUUGUUGAUUGUUUUGAUGUAUCAUACAGUUCUACAUUUAUAACUGAUCGAAUGUUUAAUCGUCUCCACAUUUCAGUAUUAAAUAAGGCGAUUGAGUGUACUAUUUGUUGUAUUUUGGAGUGAAUCAUCAUAAAGCUACUUUUUCAAACAA